AUGUCCACUUGCGGAAUUUCGGGUGGGGUUCGGCUGACAGGAGACCCUUCCUAUCUGCAGUCAGAGAUGUUGAUCUUGACACUAAACUUAAUCAUCACAUUAUGCACGGAGUCCAUAGGCUUCAUGCACAGCAUCUCGUUACGCUCUGCACUAGCCUCUGAGUCCCGACUUAGUUUCAACACUAAUCUGCGCCUUAUGACCGCAGCUUGUGGAUGGCGCAACCCUAAUGGCACUCUCCUUAAUGCUCUCAUGGCCGUCCUCCUCAUCAUAUCCUACAGCUCAGCCACACUCGCCGUAUCUUCUUUUAGCAUCAUAGGGUUUCCUUUCCUUAUUUUGGGGAUCGCACUUUUUCUUCAGGUGGCGAUCACACUGGCAGGGAUGCGAUCUGUCGAAACAUUGACGUGGAGCUCCUCACCUUUCGAUGUCACCGCUGCUCUGGUUCACCACACACAAUUGACUCCAUCAUCUUUCCGGUGCAUGCGUGGCGUGUCCGACCGGGACAUCAUCGGAGGUCCAACGAAGCCGUCAGAGGCGCAGCCCUCGGCGUGGCAUGCUCACCCCAGCAUCCGGAAAGUUGUGGUUUUUCUUUGGGGGCUCGUUUUAGCAUGCGCUGGAUGGGCCGCGCUCAUCAUGUACAAACACAACGAGGCCUCACCCUCGCAAUCGUGGUCAUUUCUCCCUGAUUAUGCUUAUGACCUUAACUACUCUUUGAGCAUCGAAGUUUAUCCCACCGGGCUCGAAGCUAUCAGUGUUCGGACGUGGAUUCUGGCCUUUGUCAACAUUACGGCUGUACAAGGACCAUUGACAAUUGGCCUGCACUGCUCUGAGCUCAUCGCAAAUGUCAUUCAGAAUGAAAGGCUAUGGAGAUGUGCUACAACAAGGAAUGGACUCCACACAGCGACGAACCCGCUGAAGGCCUUUCUCGCGAAUCCCCUCGGUCUUAUUCUCUUCGUCCUGAAACCUGUGCUACACUGGAUGUUUGCGCUGUCAUUCGUGUUCGGUCCUACGGCGUGGAGGGUAGAUGGCAACAAAAUAGUAAUUUUACAAUACACUGCAACAAUGCUUGUAUACCAGAUCAUGAACUUAUGUAUAGCGCUGUGUAUAUUUGCCUGUGUCUUCACUUUCGUUGCACUGCGCCGACCACGCGGCCCCCAGCCGGCCACAUACGGGCACCUCCAGACGCUCGCCAAUCUCGUGGAUGAGUGGUCGCCUGUGAUGUGGUGGGGUCACAAAGAGCACGGAAUCCCAUAUUGUCACGCGGGGACGAGCAAUCAUCCGCUGCCGGAUGUAGAGAUGGACUGUGUGUAUGCUGGUUCUGGCGUUGUGUCCCAUUCACCCAUCCAGGGAGAAGCACCCAUUCUUGAAAAGUGACGGUGCACGGCCAGCCACCAUCGAACGAGACAUUCAUGCCGUCUGCUGCACAGGUAGUUUGGCGUGUCGUCAUAUUGGGCACGCAGUACCCUUUCCAGCUGUUAUGAUUUUCGCCUCGACUAUUAUACUUGGGAUUGAUCUACAUGCUCGGUUGAUAUUCAAUGUUUCCGGAUACCAUACCUUAGAUGUUUCCAAUUUCUUGGAUAUGCUGCUUCUGUUCAGAG